AUGUUGGGACUGCAGGAAGGCACUGUCUACACCUCCAACGCGGCGCACGGCGUCAGCGAGGAGGUGCUUAAUAUGCCGGCCAGCCUUCCAAGCUUGGACAGCGUGUACCAGUACUUCAGCCUCUUCCUGAACACCUACUCGGCGGAUUCGCUGCAGCAGGGCAAGCUGAAGCGGAUGCUGCUGGAGAACGUCAAGAACAACAACUACCUCCUUGAGGUGAAACUCGACGACCUUUUCCAGUUUCAGAACAUCGCCGAGCGCAACCCGAACCGCGAAGACGACUCGAUUGCUAAUAGGUUGAAGAAUCUGCAGAUGAACCGCGCGGACGGCGGCGACGUCAACAUGGAGGCCGACCGCGCCCUGCCGCCUACCUACGCCGGAGAGCUGGUCAGGGUGUUGACGGAACGCCCUCUCAUCUACCUUUCGACAAUAGAACGCGCUUGCUACGACGUUUGCAAGCUCCACCAGAAAUUGGACGACGAAGACGAGGACUUCCACUUCAUUCAGAUCAACCUGCUGAACACCUUCUGCAAGCCCACGCCCAUCAGAGCGUUGCUCGCUGCCAAACAGGAACGGUUCGUGGUUGUGCCGGGUAUCAUCGUCCAGGCCUACCGGCCGCAGCACAAGAUGAAGACCAUGACCAUCCAGUGCCGCUACUGCGACCAUAAGAUGAAGCUGGACGUGCCGCUCUGGAUUUCGAAGCCGCAGGUGCCGCGCACCUGCCGGUACGCCGCGACGAUAAAGGCAACCGGAGGGGAAGCUGCGCAGAUGGAAAACCAGCUGGGCUGCUUCAACGCGCAGAACCCCUACGUCGUGCUGCCCAACGAGUGCCACUUCGUGGACGUGCAGACGCUCAAACUACAGGAGCUGUCGGAGGACGUGCCCACCGGUGACAUGCCGCGCCACCUGCAGUUGAACGUGACGCGCUACCUGUGCGACAAAAUGAUCCCCGGAGACCGGGUGAUGGUGCACGGCGUUUUAACAAACUACAGCGUCUCCACCCGGGGCUCGGAGCCAACUGCGAUCGGCAGUUCGUACUUGCACGUGCUUGGUAUCGAGAAACUCACACAGGGCAAGGGCGAGUCCAUUGCGUUCGACCUCGAGGAGACCAACGACCUGGUGCUGCUGGCGACGCAGCCGGACAUCCACGAGAAGAUAUUCAAGUCGAUCGCACCGGCGCUUUAUGGGCUCGACAAUGUCAAAAAGGCCGUGGCGUGCGCCUUGUUCGGCGGCAGCCGCAAGGAGGUCGGCAGCGACAACCGCGUGCGCGGUGACAUCAACAUUCUGAUGCUCGGUGACCCGUCUGUUGCGAAGUCGCAGAUCCUGAAGUUCGUCGACCACGUGGCGCCCAUUUCAGUGUACACGUCCGGCAAGGGCAGCAGUGCUGCCGGUCUGACCGCCGCGGUCGUGCGUGACAAGAUGGGCGUGUUUUCCCUGGAGGGCGGCGCCAUGGUGCUGGCCGACGGCGGCGUGGUCUGCAUCGACGAGUUCGACAAGAUGCGCGAGGACGACGCUGUGGCGAUACACGAAGCCAUGGAGCAGCAAACAAUCUCCAUUUCCAAGGCGGGCAUCACUACCAUGCUCAACACGAGGUGCGCUGUGAUCGCAGCCGCCAAUCCCACGUUCGGGUCGUACUCGGACGACACUGACACGACCGAACAGCACGAGUUCAAGACCACCAUCCUCUCCAGGUUCGACCUCAUAUUCAUGCUGCGCGACAAGGAGAACAUUCGACGCGACACGACCCUCUGCAAGCACAUCCUUUCUCUGCACGCCAAGCAGGCACACGCCGCCAGCUGCCCGAUCCCCAUGCAGAAGCUGCGCAGGCUGAUCCAGUACGCCAAGCAGGCCGUCUCGCCGAUGCUGAGCAGCGACGCCAAGGAUGCGUUGCGCAACUUUUACGUGCAGAAGCGCAGGGAAUACCACGAGGACAAGCGUAGCGCCACCAAAAAAAUCCCGAUAACGCUGCGUCAGCUCGAGUCGCUGGUGCGAAUUGCGGAGAGCUUCGCGCGCAUGGAGCUGUCGCCGAUCUCGACGGAGAAGCACAUACACAUGGCCAUCGAGCUUUUCAUGGUCGCCACCGGCGAAACCAUGAAGCAGACGCUCUCCGUGGAGUCCAUGAGCCAGCACGAGCAGCUGAUGGUGAAGCAGGUGGAGGACUACAUUCUGCAUCGCCUCCCCAAGGGCCACAGACUGUCGCGGCGAUACCUCAUCCGCGACGUCGAGAGCAAGGGGUUCGCCAUUCAGCACGUGUCGAAGGCGCUAGCGAUACUCAUAAAACGAGGGACGAUCCAGGAACGGGGCGAUCUUUCGCUUCGGCGCGUUAUGGCGUGA